GAGAAAACCUGUUGACUAUAAUACAAGCCAAUGGGCAGUUGCUUCCUGGACUGUUUGACUACAGAUGAGGCACAUAAAGACUCUCCAUGUGUCGACUCUUCUUGCAUCAUGAUGCAAUCAAGCAGGGAGGGAGGAAGGGAUGGAGAAAUAGAAGCUGAGGGACAUGUACGGCGAGGAGGGGUGGAGGGGGGGUGAGUGAUAUUUAAGCCCUCCAGAUACUCUCUCCUCAUCCAUUCCUCCGCUCUCUUGCUGUCUAUCCGUAUCUCUCGCUCUUCAUCACAGACAAAGGAGGCUCUUCAGAAACACUCAGGACUGCAUUGCCAAAAGUGUAAGGUUAACAUACAAAAAGACCUCAAGUAGCUUGGCGAGCCUGGAGACAGAAGAACCAAGAUGCCACGAUCAAAAUGUGAUAUCAUGUCCAAAGAACCAAGCACCAACCUGGAGAGCGCCAUGCAGAUGCUCAUCAAGACCUUCCACAAGUACUCGGGGAAGGAAGGCGACAAGUACACACUCAGCCGAGGGGAGCUGAGAGAACUGCUGACGGAGGAGCUGGGCAACUAUCUAGGGAAUGCACAAGAUAAAGAUGCGGUGGAGCGAGUGAUGAAUGACCUGGACGCCAACAACGAUGGCGAGGUAGACUUCACCGAGUUCAUUAUCCUCAUGGGGGCGCUGACUGUGGCCUGCAAUGACUUCUUCCUCGACAGCCCGCCCCCUAAGGUCAAGCCUGACACCAAGGGUGGUGCCUCGACGGAGGGAGAGAAGAAAGAGUAACAUGGGUACGAGAGCGGGAUGUGGCAGGUUGUGCAGUACAAGAGAGAACAAGAAGGGGAGCUCAUUCUUUCACCCAUUUCUGUAAUCUGCAGUGACAGGCCUAGUUCCUUGAGGAGAUCCCUCUAGUUUGGUAUUAAUUAUUUGACCCAAAAUCAUGCUCAUCAUUAGAAUACAAUAUAAAAAAUUAAGGUUCCUAAGUGGUUUGGAUGUAUGGUUCUAGGAAAAACCUUUACAUUAUAUAGUUCUUUAAACUUCUUCACAGUCUUGCAUCUCAUAUGCAAAGUGGUUUCAAGAACUAUCCAUUGAAAGUUUCUUUAAGGAAGCAAAUUAGGUUCCUCUAUAGUAUUGCAUCAUAAAGAACCCUUUCGGCACCUUUAUUUUUAGGACUGCAUGGCCUGAAGACAUGAACAGGUAGACUUUCAGCAAUGCCAGGAACAGGUUUGCCCUAACCUAAAAUAAUCUACCCCAGAUAAACAGGAAAGCACUGAAGUAUCAUGGUUCUUGUUCAAAGCAGAGGCUCCUUAGGGUAAAUGGGUGUGCUCUAUUUAAAGGUAUGUUCUGUGAUUUUAAAACAUAAGGCCACUUGAUUUGCAGCAAAGCUCUCUAUGAAUUUGAGGUUCCUUCAAAGUCAUAGAGAGCCUUACAUGUGGAAAAACAACAGCCAAUAAUGGCAAAAUACAUAAUUUGAACAUGAAUCAACAUGAAUGUUAAUAAUCAGUGAAAUAGAAAAGCUCAUAAUGGCUGUAAAAUCACAGAAUGUGGCUUUAAAGUCCUAUAAUAAACUAUAAAGCUAUAAAGCUAUAAUAAACACUCUUCAAUGUUUAAAGUGCUACCACAUCCAGAAGAAGAUGAAUGGUUACAGUGUGGAUGCUGUCCACACAUGCAAUAUUAACCAUAUUAUC